AUGUUGCAGGUUGAGCCACAUAUUGGUAAAAGUGGUGUCAUGGCUGCGAAUGCAGAAAAUAGGGAGAAUCCGGUCGUCGAAAAGGAGCAGGACGAGAACAAUGCAGCACGGACAGACGUGAAGCACAUACGAGGUGUGCUGAAAGCGGUGCAGUCGUCGCGCACAUGGACGACGCGUCAAGCUGAACGGAAACAGAGCGAAGAAAAAAUGGAUAUCCAGAUGGUGGAAGCGUCGACAUCGCGACAGCAGACUGGAGCGCUCUGCGAACCACGCUCGAGGCAGCCUUCGGCGAGAUUGGAAAGGCCGGACACCACAGCAGGUCAGGAUGCUUUGAAUUUUAUGGCGUGGGUGCAGACUAACGCAUGUGUAGGACCAGGUGUGUUCAGAGGGAAUAAAAGCGAGAACUUUGACGAAUUUAUUCGGCGAUUUAAAAGAAAGUACGGAGUUGUGGGAUUUGAUGAUCAAACAUUGUUAGAGAUUUUGAUUGACGAUCAUCUGGAAGGUAGGGCUAAAAGUGUAGUGUUGGCGCUGCCCAUGAGUGUAAGAGAGCAGGGUCUUGAAGUAGUGGUGGAAGAAAUGAGAAGGAUGUUGACAAAUGAUUCAACAGCAGGGCGGCUUAGGGCACUUACGAGCUAA